CAAAAAUGCAGAAUGAAUCAUUUAUUUACUGAAUAAUUAAAAAAUAAAAGGAAAGGGGUUGCCGGCGGGUCGUGCAGGGAGGAAGGAAUCGAAAUAGUUUCCGCACGAACGUUGUCGUUGCUGCUUCAGAUUGCUGCGAUACUUCCUCCUCCCAUCUCACUUCUCUUCUUCUUUCUUCUUCUUCUUCUUCUUCCUCCUCCUACUUCUCCUGUUGAUUGUAGGAAGGGAAGGAGAAGAUCGACUACUGUGCAAAGGUGCGAGCAAGGGAGGGAGGGAGGAAGGGGGUUUGCAGAAAACGGAAAGAAAAAGUGGGAAGAAAGGGUGGAUUGUGUAGGAUGACGGAGGUAGUGUUGCACGUAUACGACGUGACCAACAGCGGAUCGGAGAAGACGAACAACACCAUCCUCCAGAUCAACCGUAUCUUUAAGGAUCGUAUCGGACUCGGCGGCAUCUUCCACAGCGCUAUUCAGGUUUAUGGAGAUGAGGAAUGGUCAUUUGGAUUUUGUGAACAAGGCUCUGGAGUUUUCAGUUGUCCUCCAGGUAGAAAUCCUAUGUAUACCUACCGUGAGAGAAUUGUUCUGGGAGAAACAGAUUGCUCAAUUUUCAAAGUAAAUCAGAUUUUGAGAGAGCUUAGUCGAACAUGGCCGGGACAGUCAUAUGAUCUUUUAUCAAAGAACUGCAAUCAUUUCUGUGACACAUUCUGUGAAAAGCUAGGUGCCCCAAAGCUUCCAGGCUGGAUUAACCGCUUUGCUAAUGCUGGUGAUACUGCUGUGGUCGUUGCAGGAAAUGCAGCAUUCAGGCUGCGUCAAGCAAAACAAGAAAUUGUAACUGCUAGCAAAGUGGCUUACAGAUUUAUGUCUGGUUUAGCUUCAAAUCCAAAUUCAGAGGAGGGUACUCCAGAAUCCCCAAGCAAUUCUAAUAGAGGUAGCCCUAGAUUUCAAGGUGCAUGGUUUAAAAACUUGAUGUCCAUUGGCGCCAAACCAUCAACAAGCACAUCGGAGCUCGCAGAAGAGUCUAAUGACGUACCUAUCCACCAUCAACAACAUUCAGAAGCUGCAACACGGCUCGAAACAAAAUAGGAAUCUAUGUUGUACAACUAGACAUGAUGUGUUUUUUACUGUAAAUCUCUGAUUCCUGUGAUCCCGAGUGCAAAGAAUCAUUGUUAAGAGAAUUGCUGUAUCAUGUAUUCGACUGCUAUCCUUGGAUCUGUUCUAUCAACGUUUAUUCCUAAAAUGUUCUGAAUCUUAUGCAAGCCGUCUUCACAGGGAAA